CUACCGCUUAGCCUUAUGGCCUUGGUAAUUUUUAUCAACUUUCCUCAUUCAACAUUUAUUGAUAUGACAAACCACCUCUCUGCAGCCGGCCCGAGGAACACCGACCAUUAAUCUCCUUACACGCCUGGCACCGAGGAUCACCUCUUCUUCCCCAUCUUCACAGGAUAAAGACAUUACUAGGAAAGAAAAGCAGCUCCAAGCAAGCAGCGCAGUAGUGCUGGAGCUGUAAAAAAGGCGGGGAAGAGCUGUUCCCCAAAAGCGGCUGUAAAAUUUCUCAUGCCUGCAAGAACCCUGUACAGACAGUUUUCAUGCUGCAGCAUCGAGGCUGCAGGGGUAAAUCAUGGAAAUACCUUAUCUUGAUAAGUUUCUCUCCCGCCGCUUUUUUUCUUCUCUGUUGUUAUAUCCACAGGGAGAAGAUAAUUUCACUUACUGUCCAGCAACAGGCCUAGCUGAAGGCAAUGAGCACUCGGACUUUGCUGGCUGGGCAUUUCCAUUUCCAGGGGUGUUUCUGAUGGAGGAGUUCAUUAGCAAAGAUGAAGAAUCUGAGAUAGUUGAACUGAUGGAUCAAGAUGACUGGAAACCAUCACAGUCCGGCCGAAAGAAACAGGACUACGGACCCAAAGUGAACUUCAAGAAACAAAGGCUGAAAGCUGGCAGCUUUACUGGUUUGCCAAGUUUUAGUAAAAAGAUCGUGGCGCAGAUGAAGGCCUGCUCUGUACUAGGCGGUUUCUUACCCGUUGAACAAUGUAAUCUGGACUACUUGCCAGAAAGGGGUUCUGCCAUUGACCCACAUUUUGAUGACUGGUGGCUUUGGGGAGAGCGCCUGGUUAGCUUAAACUUGCUCUCAAAAACAGUGCUAUCCAUGUCUUGUGAUUCAGAGGACAGCAUCCAAUUAUUUCCCACCUUCAGUAAAGAAAACGGGGAAUUAAGUCCCCCUGGAUCUUUUACACAGACGUCAGCGUGCAAAAAUUCAGGCAAAGAGGGAAUCAACUGCAUUUUAUCCCCAAGGCUUGUUCCAAGUAAAGAGGUGACUGUUGCCAUUCACUUACCCCGAAGGUCUCUGGUGGUGCUGUACGGUGACGCACGGUACAAGUGGAAACACGCAAUUUACCGCAAGCAUAUAGAGCAUCGCCGAAUCUGUGUCACGUUCAGGGAGCUGUCUGCAGAGUUCAGCACCGGAGGAAGGCAUGAAGAACUGGGUAAAGAACUGCUAGAAAUAGCUCUUUCAUUUCAAGGAAGACCAGUGUGAUCAGCAAGAGGAAGCCAGAAUUGUGUUUUGUUAGGAAAUAUGAAAAAUAAAGUACAGAAUUUGUGCAAGUUGGUUUAUUUCUGAAGUGUGCUUAAGGAACCAGGUGCAUACAGAGAUAAGCUCAGUCAAAUGGAAAUGUAACAGACAGAAAUAAGAGAGUGCAAGGAAGGGGUGGGCUGCCUGCUUCUUCGAAGACUCUCCUGGGCAAUGGGAGCUUUUAGGCAAAAGUCAGCAAUGAGCGGUUGUAUUCAUUGGCCGUAUUGUAACAAAAUGCAAAAAGCAAGUAGCCAGAUCUUAAAUACUUUAGUUAUAACCAAGAAAGAAACUUGGAAUAAUGAAACCCUGUAUCAAACAGCCCUUGGCACAGAGUCAGCCCAAGCCCCUCAGCAGAUUUUAACCUCUCCUGGCCUGUGCUUGGUUCUGUCGCGCUGCUUUUAGUGUUGCACUGUGCCGUAGGGACACCACUAUCUUCUCACCCACUUCAGAUAGGUCCUUUAGAGAUCAGCUCUCCGGGGGAGGGGGGUAAGCAAGCGUCUCUCCACAGGCAGUACAACACACUAAUUAAAGUAAUUAACCUUUGCUGAAGAUUCAUGCUCUAACAGUGAGGAUUAAUCAUAAAUACUGUGUGUGACCUAUAUCUUCUGGGACCAAAGAGCAGCAUUUGCAGAAGGACAAUGCCGACUCUUCUGCAGAGGCAGCCUGGACAGAGUUCAGAGCAAAGACACACAGACUGUGUUAUUUUCUGACCAUUUGUUAUCUCUGAACCCCACUGUCAACUCUCAGUAGCAAGAGUCUGAUUUGGGGAAUAAGCUGGGCAACAGACUGCAACGCUGGUGGCUAUCAUUUUUUUUUUCUUGGCACCUCCAGCAGUCAGGUUUGAAUCAUGCCUUCUACCUAAGAUGCAAGUAGUCAUUUGUAGCAGAAGCUGAUUUGAGGCCAUCUGUCGGCUCCGAACAAACUUCUGUGCUCUUGAAAACAAAGUUGUGCUGUGGAAGAAGUGUGAUCCUUUAAUAAACACAGUUGUGCCACCACAACCUUUCAGCACAGUCACACCUACAGCAGUAAAGCACCACUUUACAAUGCUGCCUGGCUUUAGUUGGUAAGGAAAUUUAAACACGGGGAUCUCAGCGUCCCUGCGCAGCUGUAUUCUGAGUACUUGGCAGUACUUGGCACCAUGCGCAGGUUUUACUCUAUAGUAAUGCACUCGUGCCAUAGAUGCUGCCCUCCGCUUCAGGCACUGCGGGGAGCUCUUCACCCAACAACCAAGUUACUAGAAAUCAGUUGGGUGAACCAGGAUAUAUUUUAUCAGUUUAAGCUACCAGAUACAACUACAGUCCCUUGGGGCUGCAGGGAACCAGUUCCAGUUUAGCCCAGUAUUUAAAGAUUUGUGGACAUCUAGGUGAUAUUCCCAAGAGAGACCCACGAGCAGGGCUCCCACGGGCACCCCUUAACCCCAAACCUCCAUUCAGGCAGGCUGGCGAGUGUCACCCACACCCUCCAGUAGCGGUUUCGGCAGCCGCAGCAUGCCCUCUCCAACGGAAAUCCGCCACUGCAAAUGCAGCCAGCCAACGUGCAACAGGCUGGCCACGCUCGCUCACAGCAAGCUUGGUCCCAGGAAAUUUCUCAUAGGCUGCAACUUCUCCUGCUCACUCCCAAAACCAGGGUCUUGUGCUCUCAAAAUUGCGAUUCCUAACCUUUUUCCGGCAGACUGGUGUGAUCGGCACUGCGCUGCUGGUGUCCACGGGGCUCAGCAGCUGUAGAGAGUGUGAUGUCCCCGGCCCAGCAGCUGGAGCUGCCGGUGGAGCAGAGGACUUUCGGCCAAGCAGGAGGACCCAGCGGGCAGCCUGGAGCUCAGCACAAAGCCACACUACGGGAGGAAACCCAGGGCAGGCUUUCAUGGAUAAAGCAAGUGUUGAGCCUAUAUCCUCAUCGCCCUGUCAGUACUGAGCCACUUCAGCAACCUGCUCUUUGCUCAGCAAACCACAGCCGUCAAGUAUUUCCAUUAACGCUUGGCCCUUAUUUCCAGUGCUCCGUUUUAGAUUUAUAUUGUUGCUCUCAGCCCGUUGAAAUACUUCUGUGUGCGUACUUGCUGUUCAUUCUCUUCACAGUGAAAGCAGAUGAUGGCUCCCGAUGAAUCGGAGUGCCAUAAUAACAAGAUAAACAAUAUUAGUUCAUUUUGUGCUCUGCUUUUGUUUGCUGAAUUUUUCUCCCUUGAUCAAGCUAUAUGGGAAGCUGCCGUUCUUGCCAGAAAACUCCAGCUCCUCCUAGCUGACAUCUUAAAUUUAAUAAAUGCAAAUAAUUAUAUUCUCAGCCAAAUAUUGAGGGCUUUGUCUAGAUGUUUUUGAAGUCCAAAACUUAGCCUAGUCACUACACAGUCAUUGCUAUGUCUAUCUCUUGACAUUUUUCACCUGUUAAACAGCCUCUUGGGCAUCAUCUUAGGUCAAAAUGCAAUUAUACACCCAUCGGUUCUGUAUUACUUUAUAAAACUUUACAUACAUUCUCCCCUAAAAAGCCAGAAUUGCAGCGCUGCAGAACAUAUACAACUGAUUUGGAUUGUCAAAUAUUAGAGAGGCCUGAGAAAAGUAUAUAGAGGGUUUAAUCUUAAUUAAUUAGCUCUUAAAAGUAAUUUUGGCCACUAUGCUAGUAUUAUUGAUGUAAGACAAACUUUAAUAGUCUUCAUGUUCUGGGAAUUCCUAUCGCAGCUGUUUAUCUUCUUAACCAAGAUUAGCACUUGUAAAACACAUACCAAGAACCAGGCCCUCAUUAAAAGGAAGCACAUCUAAUUGUAAUCUAGUUGUGUAUUUUAAAAGGAGAAGGAUAAUAUCAGACCAAGCUUUAAAAGAAAAAAACAAAAACCAACAAAAAACCCCAAACCCAAACAAAACCCAGCAGACCCCCAGUUAACCCAUAGAGGAUGCUGGAGGACUUGAGCUGCCCUUCAAAAAAUCAGUCUGAAAUCAGCAAGAAGCAUAAAACUUGGCAAGUUUAUCCAGUUUCUCUUACACAGCUGGACAGUAACCGAGAUACAUACGUUGUUCUACAGUAAAUAUUGUUCAUGCAGAGGUAAAACAAGAAUAGGCAAAGCUAAAACACAGAUUUUUGCUUUUUGCCUCCUAGCCCUUAGCACUCACCCUUGUCACACCCCUGGGCAGAAGGCAAGCUCCCUGUCGCACGCACAGGGAUUCACGGGAACGCUUUCCAAAUUCAGCCAGUCAGUAAUUACUGAAACCCUGAAACCGCUUUGUUUGAAACGGGUACAGAGGAGACAGCUUGC